UGCGGCACUUUCUGUGUCAUUAGUGUCUAGUUUUGAUGUCCACGUCGAUCAAACUUCCCACGACACCAGGCACAGCCGUGACUGAGUGGGAAGCGUUAUUUGUGUCCAACAAUGUCAGGUUGCUCAACAAUGCACUUAACUCUGCCACAGUGGGACGCUGGUCCACGAAAAAUACGCUUCAUUUUCUUGGUAAAUAUGACAUCGUUCAGGCUGACAGCGUGUCCACACAAGGGUUCAGUGAUUCCCCUGUUUUUAGGAGCUGAUGUCUUCUCCAGCACUGAUAUCCGUACAGAGAACCAUCCCAGAUACCAUGCAAAGUUUGCCAAGAAAGGACUGGCCACAAAAAUACAUUUUUCUUCAGCAUUCAGGUUUCAUGGAUUGAAGGUCCCGACUUCAAAUAACAGCCUCUGGUUCUACAGCAUUCAAGGACUUUUUCGAGUAGCCUUUGAAAUGUACAGUAAACAAGAGCAGCUUGCUGUGCUGGAGAACUUUCAGGAUGUCUGGAAAUCACAGCUUAAUGACAGCCCUCUGAAAAUGACUUACAGCCUCAGCAGGCAGCUCGACGUACCUGUACCGAGCCACUCGUGUGGCACAGAAGCAGAGAUUAAAAUGUCACACCCUCAGCUUUGCCACAUUAACAGGGAAUCGGUGGAUGUCGGUGGCAGUAACACAAAUGAUAUGUCAGCAGAUCAUGAUUAUUGUGGGUUUACUGGUAAGAACUUGCAAACCAAACAAAGACAAAUUGUUUUAUCCACAGUGAACCAAAAACUGCGCAGCUUAGAUGACAAACUCACAUUGGACACUCAAAGCCACACAGACCAACUUGAAACUGUCCUGCUGCUUUUAGAGAAUAUUGAUCAGUACCUAAAUGGGAAUCUAGAAGAAAAGGGUGUCACGGAGACUGUGUUAGCCCUGCUAAAGGCCAGGGACUGGGGCUCACCGUAUUCAAGUGCCCUACUCACUUGUAUAGGACGGUGGCUGGGCCAGCAGUUUUACGCAGCAAAUAGCGGCAUUAGUCAAAAAGUAGAGGGAUUUAAAGUGCAGCAUAUUGAGCGUAUAAGUGACUUGCCACCGGCCGAGGAGCUAGUCUCAGAACUUUUCCCAGAAGCCAUGCAAAUGUUGCUACUUCACUGGAUGGGAUUGAGUGAGGAGUCCAACCUGGAGAAAAGACACAGCGAGUACCCAAUCCUGCUCCUCAUCCUCGAGUUUGCCAACCACAACCUCAUCACUGGUGUGGCUCAUGUACUUUACUCUAGUCUUAUAUGUAAAUAAAGUCAAUUUAAUUUCCACUUAAGCCUUUACAGUAUUUUAAUAAAUGUGUAUUUCAUGAA